AUGACAGGUUUUGGUUUGAUGAAUGUGAAUGUAAUAGUUGCUUCUUUUCCUUCUUUUGAUUCCAGUAGUAAUGAAUAUAGGAUAGUAGGUGCACAAACUGGUAAUGUUCGAGUACCAUUACCUACUCGCAUCAAUAUCUGGACUGCCAAUUGGAUUCCUUCCAUGCAGACUGCAAUUCAAGAUUGGAGUGAUCUGAAUACAAGUAAUAUUCAAUGGGUUUCAGAACUAUUUGAUCCUCUCACUCAGCAAUGGAAUAUUCCGCUUCUUCGCCAUUUAUUUUCUACAGACCAGGUGAACUCUAUUCUCACUAUUCCUUUACAAUUAGAUCAGGAAGAUAAGUUGGUCUGGCCUUUUACUAGUACUGGCAUGUUUACAACUGCUUCAGUGUACAAGAUGCUUUGUGAAAAGGAUUUGUAUAUGGAUAUUUCAAUGGGUUUAUCUCAGCAAUUUUGGUUAGCAUUCUGGAAAUUGAAAGUACCAUACAAGUUUCAAAUUUUUAUGUGGAAAGGAAUACAUGAUGCUAUACCUGUGAAAGCUCGCAUUUUUAGGCAUCUGAAUGCUGGUGAUAAAAUAUGUGUUCUGUGUAGUAUGAAUCAAACUGAAGAUCUGGACCAUUUGCUACUUCAUUGCUCCUUUUCUCAAGCUAUAUGGAAGACUUUUUUUCCUAAUCAGUUCGUUUCCAUUGUGCAGCAUCCCUCGGUUCUCUCCUGGAUUCAGACUUGGCAGCUUAAGGGUUCGAAUAUAACUAUCAAACACACACCUCUAGCUGUACACUUAGCUCUCUGUAUAAUGCACUUCAUUUGGAAACAUAGAUGUAGGGCUGUUUUCAGCAAUAUAACACCUAAUCAUCGAACUGUCAUACAUCAGAUAAACUCUUACAGGGCACAACAUCAUUUAGAUACCUCAUUUGUUGCUCAUGAUCAUUAUCAUUUACAAAACUACAUCUUACAUCUGCCUUGGGUUCCUCCUCCUGCACAGUUCUUAAAGAUAAAUAUUGAUGCCUCAUAUAAUUCUGAAUCUUUGUUAGCUGGUAUUGGUAUUAUAACUAGAAAUUCUGCAGGGGCCUAUGUCAUGGGAAGGGGAACAUUGAAAAGAGCUAUAAAUGUUGAGCAAGCUGAAGCCUGGGCUAUGUUAGAAGCUACGCAAAUAGCAGCUUCAAAUGGCUGGUCUAGUGUCAUUUUUGAGACAGACAAUCUGAGUAUCAGUAACUUUUUACAGCAUCAAACUAGUCUUUGUCAGUGGCAGUGUUUACCUCUUCUUAGAAAUUGUGUUAAUAUAUGUAAUAGUUACCCUGUGUGGUCUUGUGAGUUUGUUUACAGGUCUUGUAAUAAAGUUGCAGAUGCUUUAGCAAAGGCAGCUCGAAAACAGAAUUUAUGUGGGGAGUGGUGGGGUUAUCCACCUGACUUAGUAAUUUCUUACAUAUAUAUCAUGAUGUAA